AAAUAGAGAAAAUUUACCAAGCCUCAAAAUAACGACUAAAGAAGCAUUUCUAUAAAAGCAUAAAAACGAGCGAAUUCAUUAAAUAAUAACUUUCCGCCCGUUAAACAAACACUUUCAUGUUUGGUAUCAUUGUAAAGGUUUUGYUUAGAUCGAUAAUGUUCCGYCAUYCGAWUKCUCCUUCGGUAAGACACGAACGAUCUAGGAGGCGUCAAACAGACCCUUCGGAAAAAACCGUAUACUCGUCACCAGUCCACCAAAUUAUGGAGCCCGUCCAAGGAAAUUUAUGUUACACUUUAGGGUGCUGUUUUUCGAAGCGCGCGUGCCCGCCGUUUUCGUAAUUGACUGUGUGAAGAGCUUUGCUGAAGUCAAGAAAAAUACCGCAAGAAAAGAGUUUAUUAUCAAUUGACUUUUGAAUUUUAUCUGUAAUUAAUAAAAUGGCUUGUGUUGUUGAAUUAUCAGAUCGAAACCCAAAUUGCCCAUCAAAAAGUAUUUUUUGUUGCUCAAGGAAAUUGACUAAUCUACUAAACAUCAGUUUUUUAAACCACUUUGUUGAAAACAGAAAGUAAAGAUAUUGGGCGAUAGUUAGAAAUAGUAGUUUUAGAUCCUUUUUUAAACUAGUAUAACACGAACGAUUUUCAGGUUUCCUGAGACAACACCAGAUAGAAAGGAACAAUUAAAAAUGAGAGAUAAGGCUUCAGACAGGACUGGACCUAAGGAUUUUAAUAGUUUUGUUGGGAUACUAAAUGGUUCAUCCGAUUUGGAAGUCUUGAGGCUAUUUAUAAUGGGAGUAGUUGGAAUUACAAAAAAAAACUAUUUUGAAGAGGAUUAUUCAUGAAAUAUUCAAAAGGAGUGUUUACAGUUGGAAUGUUAUUAGCUAGAUCUGAGCCAAUGCUUACAAAAUAUUUAUUAUUAAAAAUUAUUAAAAACAUUUGCAAUAAUUUUGGGAUAAGUUAUUUUAGAGCCACCAAGGGUUAAAGCAGUAGGGGUAAAAUUACUCGACGUCAAAACCAUUUUUUUCUAUACAAAAUUAAACAUAUAAUUGACAGCACGCCUAAGGCUCGUGAUUUCUAUAACUUUUUCGUGCCCCACAGCUCCAGUCGUGUUUUAUCAGAAAACAGAACAUAAGCCUGAUCUAUUUGUUAAAUAAAAACAAAAAUGUCAAAGUAACAGCUUUAGAAUCAAUAGUAUUAUGCUAGAAUACUGAACAUCGAAUCAAAACGCUCAGACUCGGUCCCGUCACGGCACGGCACGCCUGAGUUGAAAGUUUUAUUCUGAAUGUUCUAACAUUAUUUGUCGUCUUUACUGUCAAGGUUCAUCUAUGGUUAAUCACGUGAUCAAGAGUAUGAAAGUGAAGGAUUACAUGGAAUGUGUUUUCGAAUGCCUUAACCAUCCAUCCUGUCACUCUAUGAAUUAUCAAACUCAAGGCAGUCCCAGUCACAUUUGCGAACUGAAUAACGAUACCUUAGCAACCAAACCUAAAUGUACGCAGUUGAGACCUGGGUUUGACUAUUACGCACCCAAAGAAGUGGUAGUUGAUCCUUGUGUGAGCUCACCUUGUAAGAAUGGAGGAGUGUGUUCGACAGACKUUUGUGGUCCAAAUGCUUAUAAGUGCCUCAACUGCAGCGAGUAUAAUACAGGACCUAACUGCGACCAUUGGACAGAAUAUGUGACUUCAUGUAAAGAUAUUUACGAGAAAACAAGCCUCCGAAAAAACAUGGCUUAUACUUUCAUCAUCCAAGGCCAACAGACUGACGUGUUUUGUCACAUGACUGAGAUAAUUGGCUGUGAUGCUGGGGGAUGGACAAUGAUCAUGAAAAUCGACGGCGCUAUGAAUACUUUCAGACGCAGCUCAUCGUACUGGUCAAAUAAGGUUGCUUACAACCUGACAGCAGGUAAAACUGGUUUUGAUUCCAUGGAGACAAAGAUGCCGAGCUUCUGGGGAGUGUCUUUCAGUGCAAUAUGUGUGGGGUUCACUGUGAAUGGUGUGACAAACUUUGCAACUAUCACUUACACGGCAAAUUCACUAUAUGACGUCAUUGCGGACGGAAGCGAAAGGGCGGUUAAUUUGCUUGGUAAAUCAAAAUGGCAAUCUUUGAUUGCAGGUUCAUCAAUGCAAUCCUCUUGCAACAAGGAGGGAUUUAAUUUGAAUAAAGUGCGCAUAGGAGUAAUUUCCAACAACGAAAACAACUGUAGAAGCACUGACAGCUUUCUGGGCUAUGGGGGAAGCUUCGGAGUGUCUUGUGGGAACCGAUGUGAGCAUUAUUGUAAUAAUGGAAACAAAGCUGUUGCUGCUGUAGGGUACAUUCUAGUGAAGUAGACUGACCUUCUUACUAGUACAGUACAAGACUACUGUUUAAUGGAAACAAGCCUUUUCUUACUUUUAGUAAAUACAUCUAAGUAUGAUAUAAAAGCACGCAGGGUAGUUGCACUUUACUGACUUUAGCGCCGCCUCAUGUUCCAUCGAACAUUAUCUACACAAGUAGAUAAGCAUUUUGGCGGGAACGUCGGCCUGCAGGCUAUUUAUUGUAUUUUUUAGUAGUAAUCUUUAUAUUAAUCGAUUUAUUAAUAGCCGACUGCGAUGCUUGUCGGUCUGUGGUGCAAACGUAAGGAAUUGGGACCGCUGGAAGCGUUAGAUUAUUUAGUUUUUCCCAACCUUUCCCUUAUCUCUAUUUAACAAAACAAAAACAAAACAAAACAAUAAUAAAAUCAAUCAAUCAAUCAAUCAGUCAGUCAGUCAGUCAGUCAUUCAAUCAAUGAAUCAAUAGGUAAAUAGAUAAAUAACGCAGACUGGCAAGCAACGAAAUAAGCUGAAACUCUGACUUUGGUUUGAAUGGGAUCACUCCUUUUAAACUCAAGUCGUUACCAUUAGCAACACCUUAUUUUGCUAACUGUCUACAUCGGCAUUGUAUUGUAAAGCCUCACAUUUCAACGAUGCGAGUUCAGCUUACAUUUUAUCUAAGUCAUCAAAGUUUAGGCAAGCCUUUGUUAAAACUUUGUUUGGGAAAUUAUGCUAUUUAAAAGACGUCUGUUAUUCUUUAUAUUCCAUGAUUUCGCUUAUAAAGUAAAAUUGUAAUUGAACAUAUAGAUUCUUAUAAAAAUAUAUAUCUUUCAACAACCAAUUACAUUGUAACCCGAAGAUAACAUGAGAUUUAGUAGACGUCAUGGACAUCAUGCAGGGGAAAAAUAAGCCCCUCAUGAUUAAUUAAAGACUCUUUGUGUCUCGUGCAUGAUCUAACACUUAAUUGUAAAAUUUCAUAUGCAUAGUUUAGAAUAAACGGAUGAUAAACUCUUGUCAUCGAUGUA